AUGGAUUUGAAACCCGAGCAACGGAUGCGCGCGGCGGCUCUGGCACGCGACACAAACGAGACGAAGAUUGUGCUGGCCAUAAACUUGGAUGGAGGAGAAUUCCCUGCCGAUACGGACAGCAGGUUGAUCGAUUCAUUGAACGGAGUGGAUGGACAUGGACACGAACACACCCACGCCACUCAAGCUUCGAAGAGCCAGACGAUUGCCAUCAACUCUGGAAUUGGCUUCUUAGAUCAUAUGCUCCACGCAUUGGCGAAGCAUGCGGGCUGGAGUCUGGCGCUCAAUUGCAAGGGGGAUCUUCACAUCGACGAUCACCACACGGCCGAGGAUGUCUGCCUAGCGCUGGGGACUGCCUUUAAAGACGCUCUUGGAGCUCCUGUCGGCCUGGCACGUUUUGGCUCAGCCUAUGCGCCCCUCGAUGAAGCGUUGUCGCGCGCAGUUGUGGACCUCUCAAAUAGACCCUUCAGCGUCAUUGAGCUUGGGCUGAAGAGAGAGAAGAUUGGAGACCUGAGCUGCGAGAUGAUCCCGCACUGCAUGGAGAGCUUCGCCCAGAAUGCAAGGAUCACGAUGCAUGUCGACUGCAUCCGGGGAUUCAAUGACCAUCACCGGGCGGAGAGUGCCUUCAAGGCGUUGGCUGUGGCAAUCCGACAGGCCACGAGUAGGGUGGCUGGGCGGGAGGGAGAAGUUCCUAGCACGAAGGGGACGCUGACGACGUGA